AUGCUCUGGACUAGCCUUCUUGCCGCCACUGCGGCGCUUACCGGACAUGUUUCUGCACAAAACAUGUUGCGGUUCGCAUGCUCACAGCUCGUCGUCGAACGAACGGAUCCACUUGUCAAUCCUGGGAUGAAGUACACUCCUCAUCUUCACCAGAUUGUUGGAGGCAACGCAUUCAACAUCACCAUGAAUCCUGCCAACGACAUCGCUCAAAUGUCCACAUGCACAUCUUGCAGCUUCACACAAGACAAGUCAAAUUACUGGACUGCAGUCAUGUUCUUCAAGGCCAAGAACGGCAGUUACAUACGUGUACCCCAGAUUGGCAACGGCGGACCCCAAGGUAAACUCAUCAAUGAUGGCGGUCUCGACGUAUACUACAUCCCCAGCGGCAAAGUUACCGCCUUCAAGAAAGGCUUCCGCAUGCUCGCCGGCUCAGCCACCAACACCGACCCCAGCAAAGUCAAAGGCUCAAACAUCUGCCACCGCUGUUGGACCUCCAACUCCGAAAGUACUUUCGUCGGCGGCGCACCUUGCACUGGCUCUGACACCGUCGCCAUCCCAAAGGACCCCAAGUGCAAGCUCAUCCGACAAACCAUCAUCUUCCCAGCCUGCUGGGACGGAAAGAAUCUCGAUUCACCGGACCACCAAAGCCAUGUUGCUUACGGUCAGGGGUCGGGUGCCAACGGCGGUGGCGCAUGUCCGUCGACACAUCCGGUUAAGCUGCCGCAGAUCAUGUACGAGUUGAUGUGGGAUGUGAGUAAAUUCGCCGACAAGAGUUUGUGGCCGACGGAUGGGUCGGAUCCUCUUGUUUAUUCGAUGAAUAUCGGUGGCCCCGCCGCCCAUGGUGACUACGUCUUCGGCUGGGAAGCGGAUACGCUACAGAAGGCAAUGGACAACAACUGCAACCUAAACACUGCAUGCCCCAAGGCUGGGCUUACAGUGCAGCAGCCUGCGCUGUAUAAUGCUUGCAAGAAGAAACAACAGGCGCCGGAGAAUGUUGAUGGCUGGCUUAAAUCGCUGCCUCUUGGUGAUAUGGCGGUUAAGGCCUAG